CAAGGAGGUUGGGAAGAAGAAGGAGUCUGAGGUCGCGCGUGCUAAGCCUAAGACUAAACAGAAACAGGCCAUGCCAAAGGUCGUUGAGGAAGAGGCUGUUAUUCAGAAUUCUCAGCGGACGCCGCCGGUUGCUGCAGUCAAGAAGAAGAGGGGGUUGUUGAUGCAGGGUAAGAAGUCGGCUUUGGUUGCUGGAGGGGGGAAGAAGAAGGCCUUUUCGCUACAGGAUGAUGGGGAUAGUGAGGAUGAUGGGGGCGGGGAUGUGGAGAUGAGUGAUGGGGGAAUUGAUAAUGGCCUGGAUAGUGCUAUGGAUUUGGGGCGGCAGGAGGAGAGACAUCCGAUUGAGGAGGAAGUUUCGCAGAUGCUGGAAAAUGAGGACACGGUCAUGGUUGAUGAGGAAGGGGAUGUGCAAGUCGCGCCGGUUAAGAAGGGAAAGGGUAAAGCUAAGGAGAUGGUUAAGCAAAAGGCAGCAGCACCAAUACCAGAGAAGAAAGCGAAACCUAUUCCUCCGACGAAGAGGGCUCAGGCUAAGACGAAGGUCAAUGGCAGAGCAGAAGCUCAGGAUGAGUCGGAUGAGUCGGAUGAGUCGGAAUCUGGAGAAGAAGUGGUUAGACCAGUCAAAGCUAAAACCACUGCUAAGGGUAAAGGCAAAGCUUUGGCGAUAG